AUGGAGAAAACGAGUGAGAGAGGCAAAUCUAAUUUCGAAAGUUUUCUUAAGCAUAUCUCUCCUAGAGUCUUCGUCAAAUCCCGUAUCCAGAAUCGUGUGGGCUCGUCUUCUUCAAGAGGCAAAGCUGAAGCAGUGAGAAAGCCUCACAUUGUCCUGAAUGACAUUUGGAAAGCCUACAACGUUUGGAGCUGUUAUACUCUUGGCGUUCCUAUUACGCUGAACUGGAGAAGUGUUAACCAGUACUAUGCUCCCACCCUCUCCGCGAUCCAAAUCUUCACCAAGAAGCCUCUCAUCGAUGGAUCUUCUUCAAGGAGCUUUGGUGAGGACUGUCAUCUUUACUUGGAGUUCAACCAGACAAUGAGAAUUGAAGAUAGGCCUCCUCUUAUUGAAACUGUUACAAAACUAGCUAACAAGCACCAUGGAUUGGGUAGCCUAAAAGUCUCUGAUCUUUCUGAAAACAGUUGGUUUGCUGUAUCUUGGUCCCCGUCAAUUCAAAUUCCGGAAGUGCAAGUCGUGAAGGGAUAUUUCAUAACAUAUCAUUCAUUCACACCCGUGUUUCCAGAACCAUUUCCUCAAGAGGCGAAAUUUGAGCUUCCUGCUUUUGGAGUUGUGGGUUCCAAGCUCUCCAACAAUGUUUGGAUCAUGCCAGGGACCUCGGAUCAAGAGAACAUGAACAGUCUUGAGGAGUCUGCUGCCUCCUGGCUGGGGAAAGUCAUGUUCACUCACACCGAUUUCGACAUGUUUAUGGCUCAGAAGAAACCUAAUGACCUGCCAUCUCCAAGUGGGGUGGUCACUGGUGAGUGAUGACUAUCUCUGGGUUGAACUUCUCAUACAUCCUGGUUAUGUCAGUGAUGUGGUGUUGUCUGUCGAAAAAUAAGCCUGGUGGUGGUAUGGUAUCUUGUUAUUUAUGGAAUCUUUAGAUGAAAACUUUGCGAACAUCUGGAUUAGUUGGUUUUACUUCAAAAGUGGCAUUUGAGAUUGUUGUCAAAACUCAAUAUUUUCUUAUUGUAUAAUGUUAUGUGGAUUGAGUAUUUCUUAUUUUGGCAUCUUCA